AUGAAGGUUUCGUGGAAAUGGCAUUCUGACUGGCGGCAUUCGCAGAAUCCCGUAUUUCAGGAACAAUACAAGCAAGUCCUAUCGCAGGUGAAUUUCUACAUGGGCCAGCACAAAGCGCGCCAUGGCUUUGUGCUUACCAACACCGAGCUAAUUGGGGUCAAACGUCUCGACACAAACGGCUGUUUGGCUGUCUCUUUGGCAAUCCCCUGGACAGCUGGAGGCCAUGGUCAACUCACUGUGCUGAUGGGCAUAUGGUAUCUAGGGAUGCUUGCAGCCGAAGGAACCAACUGGACACUGUAA